CGGAAGUGUUGAUUUCAACCACUUUCCACUGUUGUCAUUCCAACACGGAGAGGGGAACCGUCAGCGGCCAGCCAGCAUCUUUCCCUUCGUGUAGUUCCGUCUCCAUCAUUCACUUGUCAUUUUCAACUUCAUCUAAAUUCCCAGACCUCCUUGCACACCCUCCUGUUGGUUAGCUAGACUAGCACGCUCGCUAAAACAUUCUGACCAACUUCACUUUUACAUAUUUUUUGACUACAGUCCAGUUUCCUCUUCCGUUGCCCGUUCCACCUGUACUUGGUUAUUGUAGCUAGCUAGUACUGUAUUUUGCUGGUUCGCUGAGUCCGACGCAGGAAAGAAAAGGAUUAAGUUUCCACUGGCGACGGAUUAUUUAUUGGCUCUGCUCUUGUCUUGUUUCGACUGGUUUAGCCUACUAGGCGUGCUGUCGACCCUUCUCGUGUCCCUUAAUCACAUUGCUUGCAACCAAGCGCCUGUCAGAGAUGUCCUUCAGACGGGGCGUGGUCAGGCAGAGUAAGUUCCGCCACGUGUUCGCCCAGGCCUGGAAGGCGGAGCACUGUCUGGACGAUGUCAGAAUCAGCCGGGUCACAUGGGACGGGCCCCUCUGCGCGGCCAACCCCAAAUUCAUCGCCGUCAUCGUGGAGGCUGGCGGGGGGGGCUCCUUCCUCGUGCUGCCUCUCGGAAAGAGCGGGCGUGUGGACCAGACCACUCCCUCUGUGUGUGGGCACUCCGCCCCCGUGCUGGACAUACAGUGGUGUCCCCAUGACGACAACGCCAUCGCCAGCGCGUCUGAGGACGGGACUGUGAAGGUGUGGCAGAUCCCAGAUGAGGGCCUCAGUGACCCGAUGACGGAGGCGAGUGUGACACUGGAGGAGCACAGCAAGAGGGUGGGCGUCCUGGCCUGGCACCCCACCGCCCUCAACAUCCUGCUGAGCGCAGGCUGCGAUAACGUGCUGUGCAUAUGGGACGUGGGUACAGGUGAGCUGGUCUACCGGCUGGAUGACACGCACCCUGAUUUGAUCUACAGCGUGAGCUGGAACCGCGAGGGUAGCGCCCUCUGCACCGUGUGCAAGGACAAGGCACUACGCAUCAUCGACCCACGCCGAGGGACCGUGCUGAAGGUGAGAGAGAAGGUUCACGAGGGCUCCCGACCAAUGAGAGCGGUGUUCCUCUCUGACGGCAAAAUCCUGACCACCGGAUUCAGCCGCAUGAGUGAGAGGCAGAUGGCACUGUGGGAUACGCAUGACCUCUCUGAGCCAAUGACAGUGCAGGAGAUGGACACCAGUAACGGGGUUCUGCUGCCCUUCUAUGACCCCGACACCAACAUGGUCUACCUGUGUGGGAAGGGGGACUGCACGAUCAGGUACUUCGAGGUGACGGAGGAGUCCCCGUACGUGCACUUCCUCAGCCUCUACAGCAGCAAGGAGCCGCAGAGAGGGGCCGGCUUCCUCAGCAAGCGCGGCGUGGACGUCAACAAGUGCGAGAUCGCCAGGUUCUAUAAACUACAUGAGAGGAAGGUGGAGCCCAUCUCUAUGACAGUGCCCAGAAAGUCGGAUCUGUUCCAGGGGGAUCUGUACCCGGACACAGCUGGCCUGGAGCCCUCUCUGCUGGCGGAGGAGUGGAUCGCAGGGCAGGAUGCCCCCCCCAUGCUGGUGUCCCUGAGCGGGGGGUACACGGCCCCCCCCUCCAAGCACAGAGACACCCUGAGGACCCGCCCCAAACUCAGCCCCGGAGACACGCCCACCGCCGCCGCCGCCCCGCCCACACGGAACCCCGACCCGGAGAGGGUCGCCACGGUGACCACGGGGCAGGAGACGGACGGGGAUGGAGGGAGAGAGAAGAGAGAGGAGGAGCAGCUGUGUGAGGUGCUGGAGGAGGUGAAGGCUCUCAGGGCGCUGGUCCUGGCGCAGGGUCACAGGAUCCAGCUGCUGGAAACACAGCUGGCUCGCAUCGAGGACGAGACGUCUGACCUGGGGGAGAGGGAGAGGGGGGCCCGGGGGCCCUCUCCCCACAGCCCGGGGGUGGUGUAG